AUGGAAAAUAAAGUUGAUAACCCUACCCCGGCGAAUCCGAGCCUCGCGGCUACAGCCGCUACCCAGGUUGUCGAUACACACGAUCCUGCUGCAGGUGUCGGCGAUGCGCCAAUCCUUGCGGCUGACAUUAUCACACCAGCUGCAGCCCAGUCGAUUGACGAGGAAGAGAGAGGAGUACUUGGGCCUACCAGUGCAACGGCGUCGGUCACCCAAGAAGACCUAUAUAGUAUGGAUGUUGUGACCACGCUAUAG